AUGGAGAAAGAGAAGAUUGCGAGGAAGAGAGGAAGAAAGAAGAGGAGACAGAUUUCUGACUCAUCGGCUGAUGAGCAGAACGUGAUGGAGGAAGAAGAGGAGAGGAUCAUUGGGAGGAAACGAUGGAAGAAGCAACGUACCAUCCUGACCUCACCAGAUGAAGAAAAGGAGACACCCAAGAGGAGCAAGAAGAGGAAGAAGAAAACCCCCAGCUCCUCUGAGAAGAUGUCUCCUAAACAACAGAUCGUUCCAGAGGAAGAAGAUCUGACUACGAAGCCAAAAUGUGCCAAGAAGAGGAAACUCAACCUGACCUCUUCAAACAAGGCAAAGAAGUCACUGAUCAAGAAAGAUGACGACGUCCUGAAGGCAGAAGACAAGCCGGAGGACCAGAGAGUCUCAGUUGAGGACAGUGGUGUUCGGCCAACCUGCUCUAGAAGCACACUCUCCGAUAACAUCAGGAAGAGAUUAAUAUUCCACCAUGUGCUCGGGCAGGGCAGUUAUGGUAAAGUCGUCUUGGCAGAGGAUACUUCUAACCAUCAGAAGUAUGCUGUCAAAGUCAUCAGGAAGAAAGCCAUGCUUGCCGACUGUGAUGAGGCGGAUGUGUUGGUGGAGCACCGAGUGUUACGGCUGGCAUCUGGGAGCCCCUUCCUCGUCCACGCACCCUUUGCAUUUCAGACCAAGAUGCUUGUUCUACUUGGGCUGGAAUACAUGAGCUGCGGGGACUUUGAUCAAUUCCUAGAGAUGAAGGGGCAGCUUGACAUCCCCAGUGCAAGAUUCUAUGCCGCCGAACUCGUGUGUGGCAUCCAAUUUCUACAUUCUAAGGGCAUCAUCCACCGAGACCUCAAGCCAGAGAACAUCCUGGUGGCUGAUAAUGGUCAUAUUAAGAUCACAGAUUUUGGUCUCGCACUUGAGAACAUGUUUGGAGACCGUACAGCCACCGAAUAUGCUGGAACAGAAGGCUAUGUGGCUCCUGAGAUGUUGGCUAAGGAGGAGUAUGGCGUUGGAGUGGACUGGUAUUCAUUUGGUGUCAUCUUAAAUCAAAUGAUUACCAGUGAGUGUACUUACGAUCCUACACUAUUGACACGCUCCAGCGCUGCAGACAUUAUUAAAGAGCUCCUCCAGAGAGAUCCUGCCAACCGCUUAGGAGUCCACGGUAACAUCCGAGGCCAUCAUUUCUUCCAGCAUAUUGACUGGGUCUCAGUGGAAGCCCUUCGGAUGACUCCACCACACAUCCCUGUACCAUCUAUACCUCAAAACAGUGCAACAUGUUUCAACCUGAAAAGAAUGGAGGCAGUAGAGGCCAAAAAGCGACGUUUACCACUGAAACAUCAGGCCAUUUUCAGAGGGUUUUCAUUUGUCACCUGGCAUGUUGAAUUCACCGGUAACCGAUCUCCUCAAAUUCACGACAGCGUCACAUUGUGA